AGCGUAAUUGAAAGAGCCAGAGUUCGAUAAAAAAAUAGUCUAAAUAAACUAAUUUUCCUUCGAUUCAGAGUAAAAAAAUCGCAAAUCACUUUGAAGCUUGAGAUACUAAUGUAGCUACUUUCAAUUAACGAAGAUAUCCAUUUGUUUUAUUUCUUAUUUUACGCGUUCCUGUGUGAAACAUCAGAUAUCGUUUGGAUAUUCGCGGUCAGACUAAACUCCCGCCAGUGAGUAUUCGGUCAAUGCACAGAUCACUUCUUACGCGCCGCCGCCGACUGUUUGGUAUACGCUCCCGCUAUACAGAUCAGCUUUCGCGGGGAAUAAGUUUUGCUGAAGAGCUGGAGUGCUGAUAUAAAAGACAGAUUUCACCUCCAAUACAAAAGCAAACUAAGAAAGCUGUGAACGGGUAGAGGAUCUAGAUACUGCACUGAAAUAUGUCUCGGAGAAGUGGGCGUUUGCAAGCGAGACAAGACAACCAGGCUUUAUCCGAGUGCAAUACAGAUGAAAAUAUUUCAAUGUGUACAAGAAAGAGGAAAACCAGGGAGCAGGACAAGAGUAGUAUAUCAAGAGCUGAAGGUGUUCAAAGGAGAAGGCAACAGUUUAGGAUAGAGAACCGAUGGGUACCAAUCUCUGAGUCGUCAUCAAUAGAAACAUCUCUUUUAGUUCCCAUGCAUAAGGAACCAUCAACUCCUUCAGAAGAACUUAUGGACACUGCCAAUUGGAUGACCUUCCGUAAUCUGUUUCCUGCGCAUGUAUCAGACCGUGCUUCACCUAUUCCUCUUCUACACUGGGAUGAUCUACCUGAGGUAUGGAGUAUAAUGACAAGAAAGGAAGCUAUGUGUCCAAGGAAACAGGAUUGUCUAAAGAGCCAUCCAUCAUUGGGGGAGAGAAUGAGAGCUAUUCUUCUAGAUUGGCUUAUUGAAGUGUGUGAAGUUUAUAGGUUACAUAGAGAGACAUUUUAUCUAGCAGUAGACUUUGUAGAUAGGUAUCUAGCAGCCAAAGAAAAUAUUCCAAAAACAAAACUCCAGCUCAUCGGUAUCACAUCAUUAUUUGUAGCUGCAAAACUAGAAGAAAUCUACCCACCUAAGCUCCAUGAGUUUGCGUAUGUGACAGAUGGAGCCUGUACGGAUGAUCAGAUCCUAGAACAAGAACUCAUCAUGUUGAUGACUCUGAACUGGGACUUGACACCAAUCACAGUCAACACCUGGCUGAAUGCAUUCAUGCAGAUCUGUAAUGCCGAGGAGAUAGCCCAUAGAAAGACCAACUUUCACUACCCAGCAUACUCGUCUACAGACUUUGUUCAAGUAGCACAGCUUCUAGAUGUAUGUACCUUAGAUAUUGGUUCUAUGGACUUUGACUACAGUAUCUUGGCAGCAUCAGCUCUCUAUCAUGUCACAAACGAAGAGGUUACUUUGAAUGUAACUGGCAUGAAAUGGGAUGACAUAGCAGCUUGCGUCCAGUGGAUGACAGCCUUUGCCAUGACGAUCCGUGAAGUGGGCGUGGCUCAGCUCAAGAACUUCAAAAACAUUUAUGCUGGAGAUGCACACAACAUUCAAACCCAUUGCUCAGGUCUAGAACUAUUGGAUAAAUCCCAUGAGAAAUUAAAGCAGCUAAGAGAGUCAUCAUGCUACAGUCCUGUUCAAGUGCCUGGUGUCCUAACCCCUCCUCAGAGUGAUAAAAAGACAAAAAAGGGAGUUCUAUGAUAGAGAAAGGUUAUGCCAUCCGUCUUGGCCAGUUGUAUUAAUGUAUUAGCAGUAGGUAGUUUCUAUUUAACAAAGAGAGUUCCUUUCCAUUAUUCUCUUAUCUGAGCAUUUCAAAAGGGCUUUUCCUCUUUCAAGUAGAUGUUUAAGUUAUUAGUGUAGUAAUAUGCUUUUUUAUGGAUUAGGUUGACAUCUCUAAAUCUGAAAAUAUGUGACAUCACCCUGUCAACAGAUUCAGGCAUGUCUUUACUCAUUAUGGGCAAAUUCUCAAUUUCCUUGGGAACUUUCCAGCAAGAGGUUUCAAUCUUAAAUGAGCUAAGCAUGUUAUAUUUACUUUCACAUCUUUCCAAGUAGUUGGGUAUCCAUUUAAGCCCUGGUUGGGAUAAUGUUCAAGUUUAGUUAGGAUUGUGAUAAUGGUGUUCAGUAAUAUGCUUGUGUGAAAAUUAAUGUCUCAUUUAUAAACAUUUCUAAGAAAAAAAAAUUUGGCUUUGAUUGGGAUACACAAAAGUAUUUACAAGCAAUCAGAAAAUUAGUGUACUAGACAACUAGUUGCACAAUAUUUUUUUGUUUUCACAGAAAUUCAAUUAUCUCUAAGUGUUCUGUGACAUGGUAUUGGGCAUCCAAAAUAUUUACAUAUUUGGCAAGACGAGGAUUUUAAUUGUGAUAUAUAGAUCAGUUUGUAGAUAAAUAGUCUGCUUGCAUGAAAAUCCAUGUGAGGUAGACAUUUUACAAGCCCAUCGUGUCAAGAAGAGGUUAUACUUCUUCCACGAUGCCACAGUGAAAGGAUCUGCAGCAAAGAUAAUUUUGAUAUAACAGCUAGUUGUAAAUUCAGCUCUAUGUGCUCAAUAGCAUGGUUAUUUAUUGUAGAUAUGCCAUGAAUAUUCUCUAACAAAUAUUUAAUUUACACCCCCUAAGUUACACCAACAUGAAAUGUAAAGAGGCUAGAUAUACUAAAACCCUUACCCUUCUUCAACGAUCACAGACAAAUGGGCAAUUUCCAUCUUGUUUUUAUGCUGUAUUAUUCUCAGUGACAUAGAAAAACUUUGGAUAUUAAAUUUUGUACACAAGUUUCCUUGAACAAGUAGCAUGACUGAUAU